AAAUAAAAAUGAAAAUGAAAAUAAUGGUUCUUCAACGUCGUCGGCGUCGACAUUACAACAAUCACCAAAUUCAGAUAUACCCACAACUACACCUCCUAUAAUACUAACUACACCUGAUAUUUCUGAAGAGGUUAUUGAAGGACUUGCCGAAGUGCAAGAACCUUCCAACAAAAAUGACAAUAAUUUGUUAAAUACAGACGAUGAUGGUAAAACAUUAAAUCAAACGAGUAACGUAGCGGUAGUGGGGAAAGCUGCCUUAAAGAUAUUUACAACAUCUUUAGCAGCUGCGAAACCAUUCUUACCUUGGAUAGAAUCUGUAACUAUUAUAAUUAAUGAUAUUGUGAAUCAAUAUGAGACCGUAGAGUAUAAUAAGAAAACUUGUUUAGUACUUGUUGAAAGAGUUGAAAUGAUUAAUCUAUCUGUUAAGACUUUGACACGUCGUAGAGAUGAAAAUCUCGAUAAAUUUCAAAACGAAGAUUAUUAUCAUUCAUUUAUUAAAUUAGAAAAAGUAUUAAAACUUGUCAAAGACUUCAUUGGAGAUAUUUCUGAAUUAAAGGGUUAUAGGAAAUUCAUACUUGCAGCAGAUGUUAAAAGUAAAGCGAAUCAAUUAUUAAUUAAAUUAGAAGAUUGUUGUAAUAAUUUACAAUUUACUAUAAUUAUAUCUCAAGAAACGAGAACGAGAGAACAACAAUCUUUAGAUGAUGAUGUUGCUAAUAUGACAAAAUUUUUGAAAUCUAUUGAUGCUGAAGGAAAAGAAACGAGUAGAACUGUAAACAGAAUAUAUGAAGAAGUAGCAGUAUUUUCUCAAUUAAUAACAAACUUGGCAAACUUGGCUGGUGAAAUGAAAGAGAUGAAGCAAAAUAAACAAACAAUAUUUAGUGCACCAACAAUAUCUCCUAGAGAAUUAUAUGAUACAGAGGAAAGUGUUUCUGAUAUUCCGACUAAUAGAAACGAUGUAGUUAAAAAAUUAUUACGUAAUGCUAUUCCAGUUGCUUGUAAAACAUUAAACAUUUUUGAAGAUAGUCCUAAUGAACCAGCAAGAAUAAAGACUGAAUUAUCAAUAUUAAAUAGCAUACAAUCAUCAAAUAAGAUCAUUAAAUUUCACGGUCAAUCUGAGAUUAAUGGUCAUCCUGUACUUGUAUUUGAUUGGGCUGAACAUGGUAAUUUAAAAGGAUUAUACGAAAGAGGACCAUUAUCAUGGGGUGAAAAAUUAAAGAUUGCUCAUGAUAUUGCAAGUGGUCUUGUAUUUUUACAAGCAUGUCAGGUUUACCAUCAUGAUAUCAGAUGCGAGAAUAUUCUUAUUACAGGAGACACUCGAUAUGGAACAUAUGAAGCAAAGAUUGCUAAAUUUCGCCAGAGUAGGGAACAUCAACAAAGAAGUUAUGAAUUACGAACAUAUAGUACCAUAAUUAGAUGGUUAGCUCCAGAAAAAAUGCCCAAAGAUCUAACGCCUAGCGAUGAGAGAUACACUUUCAAAUGUGAAAUCUUUAGUUACGGUAUGUUACUUUGGGAACUUGGUGCUCAAAGGUUUCCAUAUAAAAACAUGGAAAUGAAAGAAAUUAUGUCUCAUGUCAAGAGUAAAAAACGAGAAACUUUUGAAGAUUUUAAUACUACUAGUUUAAGUAAUGGACUUUACCCAUCUGAUAAUAAAGAAUCUAUUGCUAAAGGUUUCACUAGAAUAAUUGAUAGUGCUUGGGCACAUGAACCAAAACAACGACCAACUAUAAAUAAUAUAUAUCAAGAACUUGAUUCUUUAAUGGAACUUAAUUCACGAAAGCGUCUAUCAAGCCAAUCUCUUCAAUCAGUUUCUGAUGAUUCGAAUAAUAUCAUAACUCCUGAGGAGGAUGAAGAUAAUUUGACAACUCUAGAAACUAUUUUAACACUUGAAGAAGGUAUAGCUGCUCAUAGAAAUGGAAUGAAAGAUAUUGCAUGGAAAUGUUUUGAAAUCCAUGCAACACUCGGUGAUCCACUUGCUAUAUAUUGGAAAGCUUAUUAUUAUUUGAAGGGUUAUUACACAACACCAUCCACUCCAAAUACAAAUGAAGCUAUUAAACAUUUUAAACAAGCAGCUGAUGCUAAUGUACCCGAAGCCCAAUAUUAUUUUGCUAAUGCUCUCGAAAAAGCUAAAAAACCAGGGUAUUUGUUUUUAGAAUAUUUCACUAAGGCCGCUGAUAAUGAUAAUGUUUUGGCUCAACGUGAAUUAGGUCGUAUUUACUAUUAUGGUCUUAAUGGGGUUGAAAAAAAUGAAGAAAAAGGUAUACAAUAUUUAAAAUUAGCUGCAUUAAAAAAUAAUCAAAAUGCAAUUAAUGACCUUAAAACGAUAAAUCCUGAAUUACUAGUAGUAUUGUCAGCUGAUGACAAAAAGUCAGUUGAAAUAUAAAAAUUAAUAGUGUUUUAUUUUUAGAUUUAAAUGUAUUUACUUUUAAUAUUUUAUUUUGAUUUUUCUUGGUUUGUAAUAAUAGAUUUUUAGUAAAUAAAAGGCAUUCUGUAGUCAUUUCAAC